AGUAAAACUUUUUUUCCACUGUUAUGUUUCAUGGUCAAAAUACGACAUCUGUCAAAUUCUAUGUUCUCUGUGACUAUUCGCAAAAGCUCUCAGUCAGAAUUUCUUUUCGCAGCGUUGUUUGAGUGAGGUUAUUACACCACGUGUAAUUGGACUUGAACAAUGGCACCCAAAUACGAAAUCGCCGUUGGGCUCCAAAAAGGACACAAAACAACUAAAAUCACCAAAACGGACAAAAUCCGUCCAUCUAGGCUAAAGGGACGUAUCACCAAACAUUCCAAAUUUGUGAGGGAUUUGGUCCGUGAAGUUGUAGGACAUGCACCUUAUGAAAAGAGGGCUAUGGAGUUAUUGAAAGUUUCAAAGGACAAGAGAGCACUCAAGUUCUUGAAGCGUCGUUUGGGAACCCACAUUAGAGCCAAAAGGAAGCGUGAAGAGCUUUCCAACAUCUUGACUCAAAUGAGGAAGGCCCAGGCACAUGCCAAGUAGUGUAUAUGUGAAUAAUAAUAAAAACUCCAAAAAGUAGA